CAUUCCGUCAUUCACCCAGAUUCGAUUUAUUGAUAGUAUCUCUAUUUAGUUUGUGAUUUAUUGUUUAUUUUGUGCAAUCUUUAUCUUAGUCAAUUUCAUUAAAUAAUCGCAUAUGUAAAACACAAAUUUUUUAGCAACAUUUAUUGUUAAAAAAGAUAAAAUGAGGCGUCGCGCUGGUGUAGGGGCAAUCCAAAAACAAAAAUUGGAGCAGGAAAAAUAUAAAGAAAAGGGGACAGAAAUCCAAGAAAACCAGUUCCAGCAAAUGUCGAAGCAGUUGGAGGUGUUUAGAGAGAAUUUGGAGGAAUUUGCGACUAAACACAAAAAUGAAAUUAAGAAAAAUGCACAAUUUAGAAGACAAUUUCAGGAGAUGUGCGCUGCUAUUGGAGUUGAUCCUUUGGCCUCAGGAAAAGGCUUUUGGUCGGUUUUAGGUAUUGGAGAUUUCUAUUAUGAAAUAGGAGUACAAAUAGUAGAAGUAUGUUUAGCUACUAACUACAAAAAUGGAGGACUAAUAACUUUGGAAGAGUUGAGAACGAGACUCAUAGCAGCCCGAGGGAAGGCCAGGAAGCAUCAAGAGAUCACCAAUGAGGAUUUAUUGGCUGCUGUAAAGAAAUUGAAGAUAUUUGGAAAUGGGUUCACUGUGGUUCCCAUUGGCAAAGGAAAAUGGUUAGUUCAGUCUGUCCCAGGCGAGUUAAAUUUGGACCAAACAUUGGUCCUACAGAAGGCCAGCUCAUUAGGCACUGCUUGGGUAUCUUCCACAAUUCUUAUUAGUGAUUUAGGAUGGAAUGAAACCAGAGCAGAGAACGCGUUGAACCACAUGGUGAGAGAGGGGCUCGCGUGGAUUGACACCCAAGAUCCCAGGGAGAAGCUGUACUGGUUCCCGAGCAUGUUUGCCGAGUGUGUGUCUGCGUGAUAGAAGAUCUAUUACUUCCUUUCAUAUUUUGGGACGGUAAAAAUUAUUUGGUUUACAGUGUUUUAACUAUCUGUUUGCUCCAAAUUUAAGAUAAAAUGCGUCAUGGUUGUUGAAUAGACAAGCCACUCACUGUUUUACAAUUAUAAGGCUCGUUUACAACUGUUGCCAAACCUUUUUAAACAGCUUGUAAAGCAUAUUUCGAUCAAGUGUAUAAUUAGCAAACUAUUUGAAAACACAUGGGAAAGAAAUCUAGAAUAUUCUGUGACAUGAGGAUGAAUUAUAAAAUGUGAAUAACAAAGUGAUAUUUCAUAAUUAAUGUAAUACUGUAAAUAACAUGAAAAAUAUUGCA